CAGAAUCAACUGAACCCUGGAUCCCGCUUCUCUACUAUAAAUGUCUGUCCCCACACCCCGCAUUCCCUUCUAGUUACUUUCUGCCUUGUUCCUUAAAGUAAUACUCUGAAAUUCUUACUUUCUGUAUACCGUCUCCAUGCCAGGAAUUCUGAAUCUCCAGAGAAAUAGGUCGAAUAGGCGGUCCGACGCGACAGCUGAAUCGGCCAAGAAAGACGAUCCAGAGGUUACGCUGGAGCCGCGCAGGACUGAGAGCAGCACGGCCGAAUCGGCAGCGCACGAGUUGAACAGAAGAGACCGUAGACCCGAACACUUGGAGAAGGAUGUCGAGAACCAACGUGACGAUGCUCAGAAUGCCAACGUCAACCCGUUUGGAGAAGAAGAUGCAAACGCAGAAGUACACUACCGAACGAUGGAGUGGUGGCACGCAGGCGCACUAAUGCUCGCAGAAACCAUCUCCCUAGGCGUGCUAUCGCUGCCCGCAGCCAUGGCAACACUAGGGCUCUUCCCCGGCAUCUUCCUCAUCAUCACCCUGGGCAUGAUGUCCACGUACACGGGCUACGUCAUCGGCCAAUUCUACCAAGCCUACCCGAGCACGCACUCCUACGCCGAUGCGGGUAUGCUUAUAGGCGGCCGCGUCCUUAAAGAGAUCCUCGGCGUCGGGCAGUGCUUGAUCCUGAUCUUCCUGAUGGCAGCGCACGUGUUGUCCUUCUCUAUCGCCAUGAACUACCUCACCGACCACGCGACCUGCUCCGUCGUCUUUGGGUUCCUGGGCUUCAUCGUGUGUCUGCUGCUGGGCCUGAAGCGGCAAUUGCAGAAUGUGGCGUACCUGUCUGUCACAUCCUGCCUCUCCGUCAUCAUCGCCGUCACAGUCGCCAUGGUCGGCAUCGCCGUCAUCAAGCCCGACGCCGGCCGCGUCAUAGCCAUCAACCACGGCUCCAGCUUACACAACGGCACAGUAGCAACGCUCCAAAUCAUCAUCGCCUACGCCGGGCACGUCGCCUUCUUCGUCUUCAGCGCAGAGCUCAAAAAGCCCGCCGACUUCCCCAAAGCGCUCCUCUUCAUGCAAGGCGUAGCAACAACCUUCUACGUCCUCGUCGCCGUGCUGAUCUACUACUACGCCGGGCCCAACGUGUUGGCACCCGCACUCGGGAGCGCCAGCCCCGCCGUAGCAAAAGCCGCGUUCGCGCUCGCGCUCCCCACCAUCAUCAUCGCAGGCAUCAUCAACGGCCACGUCGCGGCCAAAUACCUGUGGGUGCGGCUCUGGCGCGACGUGUGGAAGCGGCCGGCAGCACUGCACACGCGGCGCGGGUGGCCGCUCGCGACGUGGCUGGCGCUGUGUACCGCACUGUGGCUGCUCGCGUGGGUCGUCGCGGAAGCGGUGCCCGAGUUCCAGAUUCUGCUAGGUCUGAUCUCGGCCCUGUUUGCGAGCUGGUUCAGCUAUGGCCUCCCCGGCGCGCUGUGGCUGUAUUUGCAUCGUGGGCGCUGGUGGAAAGGUGUUGGUUGGCGCAGACGUGCGUUGGCGGUUUUGAAUGCCCUGGUUCUGCUCCAGGGAGCGGCGAUUUGUGGGUUCGGUCUUUUUGCUUCGGGCGUUAAGUUGGGCGAGAUGGGCGGGAGGCCGUUUUCUUGUAAAGAUAAUUAUAGGCCGUAGGCUUGGGCGGGUUCGGGGUGGGUUUGGGGUGGGUUGGUAGCUGCUCGCUGUGCGUGCGCUGGUUCCGCGUGUACUUAUUUACUUUUCUGCCUAGCUAUGUAUGUAUCAAAUGUACC